AUGCAUGUUGAGAAAAAUGUCUUUGACACAUUGCUGGGCACGAUUCUAGAUAUUGAGGGUAAGACAAAGGACACGAUCAAAUCUCGUCUUGAUUUGGAAAGAAUGGGCAUACGAAUAGGUUUAUGGAUGAACAGGGACGGUGAUAAAGCUAGAAGGGAUCUGGCAUUUUUUGCCAUGAAACCGAAUGACAAAAAAGAUUUUCUACAGUUUGUAUCGUCGGUAAAGUUUCCCGAUGGGUACGCUUCUAAUAUCGCGCGUUGCGUGAAUGUUGACGGGGGUAAAUUUACUGGACUGAAGAGCCAUGACUGUCAUGUGUUUAUGCAACGCCUACUUCCUGUGGGUAUUCGACACCUUUUGCCAGAAGAUGUAGUGAAACCAAUCAUGUUGUUGUCCAAAUUUUUUUCCCAACUGCCGGCAAAAACAUUGCGAAAGACAGACAUUAAUCAGUUGCGCCAUGACAUUGUCCAAGUCCUACGCAAGUUCGAGAUGAUAUUCCCUCGAACUUUCUUCACAAGUAUGAUCCACGUGAUGGUUCAUUUGCCAGAAAAGGCAUUGCUCGCUGGUCCUGUAAACUAUCGCUGGAUGUAUCCAAUAGAAAGGCUUCUCGGAGAGUUGAAAAAAACUGUACGCAACAAGGCGAAACCCGAAGGAUCAAUUAUAAAGGCUUGGGUUCAAUAUGAGUCGCUUACUUUCUGUGGAAUGUAUUUAAAAGAUGUGGACACGGCUUUCAAUCGUCCUCAGCGCAAUAAUGACGGAGGUCUGAGAAAUGAGAAACUUUCUGUUUUCACCCAAAGCGCACGACCCUUUGGAGAUCCGGUACGAAGAGAGUCGUUUUCUAGAAAUGACAUAGAGGUAGCGCAUUGGUUCAUACUUAACAAUUGUGAUGAGAUAAUGUCAUACUUAGAUGAGCAUGAAGAGAUGAUGAAGCGAGAACAUCCAUCACAUUUGUAUUCCAAGAAACACCGUGAUUUGUUUCCAAAAUGGUUUUUGGAAUAUGUGAAUAAGUUGAAAUCAUCGAAUUCACCCUCUUACAGUGAAGAGUUAUAUAACUUGGCGUUCGGCCCAAUUCGCACUGAAUUAUUCUCGGGUUGCCAUGUUAAUGGCGUCAAGUUUUUGGGGACUGCACGAGAUGACAAGUUGUGUACGCAAAACAGCGGUGUCCAUGUCCCAGGUGGUGGCGAAAACCAAUACCAAGUGAUCAUGUUUAAGUGUCGAUGGUUUGAUACAAACCCAAAUAGGCAAGGAAGUGUUAAAAUAGACCAUGGCUUACUAUCAGUGAACAUUAACAGAACUUGGUAUGAUGACGACCCUUACAUUUUGGCAAACAUGGCAAGACAGAUUGUGUAUCUAGAUGACCCUAAAGCCGAAAGCGGUUGGAAAGUUGCUCAGCAGAUGGAUUAG